GUCCAAGCCUUCGACCGUAUCGUGGAGGUGAACGGACAUAGGGGGCGCGCUGUGGAGCUGCUCAAGCUCAGCGAGGCCGCCGAUCAGAUUUGCAUGAAGGUGCUGCACUACCCGAAGCUGCUCCGGUACGACAGCGACUCCGAGUCGGAGGCCGACGGCCGCGGCGGCGCCAACUGA